UCAUUCAGUAACGCCAUGAGCAGAUCCUUCAACCGGCCAAUGGGGAAACACAACAAGCCUGCCGUGAUGAGAAACUCGUCGCUCAUUGGUGUGUUUUCAUGUGACGUUCUUGAGAAGCUCGAUAUUGAUUGGUCGUCUUCCCGACUUUAGAUUCAGCCAUGGACCUCGUGCUGAAUGUCGCCGACUACUACGUCUUCACGCCGUACGUGUACCCUGCAUCGUGGCCUGAGGACGGGGCCCUGCGGCAGAUUAUCAGCCUGUUGGUGGUGACGAACCUCGGAGCUGCAGUUUUGUACCUCGGCCUGGGAGCCAUCAGCUAUUACUUCAUCUUCGACCACAAUCUGAUGAAACACCCACACUUCUUAGAGAAUCAGGUAUGGCGAGAAAUCAGAUAUGCAAUGACCUCUCUUCCCUGGAUCAGCGUUCCCACCGUGGCUUUGUUUUUCGCUGAGGUCAGAGGCUACAGCAAACUGUACAACAACGUCUCUGAUUCUCCCCUGGGCUGGCCCGGCCUUUUCCUGAGUAUGAUUUCAUUCCUGUUUUUUACCGACAUGUGUAUCUACUGGAUUCACCGCUUCUUACACCAUAAACUUAUUUACAAGCUGUUUCACAAACCGCACCACAUAUGGAAGAUCCCCACUCCCUUUGCCAGCCACGCUUUUCAUCCAGUGGACGGCUUCCUGCAAGGACUGCCCUACCACAUAUACCCAUUCCUCUUCCCCCUCCACAAGGUGCUCUACUUGGCUCUUUACGUAUUCGUUAACAUCUGGACCAUCUCCAUCCACGACGGCGACUAUCGCGUCCCCGGAGCUUUAACGAGCGUCAUCAAUGGCUCAGCUCACCACACCGACCACCACCUUUUCUUUGACUACAACUACGGUCAAUAUUUCACUCUGUGGGACCGCCUGGGAGGCUCCUACAGGCACCCAUCAGCUCUGAUGGGGAAGGGUCCCCACGAUCUGAUCCGGAAACUUCAAGCAGAGGGAAAGUUAGGAGAUGAUGGACUAAAGGCUAAUGUGCAAGUGAAUGGACGGGCUCAGAAAAGAGUCGCAUGUAAAGAGGAGUAAGAGUGAUAAUUAAUUUCAUAAAGUGAUCUCUAUUUUUGUAAAGACAACUUGCUAAAUUCCAGGAGAAUAAUUGGAGUUUAUGUAUGUGCCAAAUAAGCCUUUGUGAGAAUUGAACUGAAGGGGUUGUAGUGUAAGUGCUUUUUGCAAACCACUGAAUCACACAGCAGAGAGACUCGAGGAUCUUCAGAAGGCUGGAGCUACUGGAGCUGCUUCAGUCAGAAGCCAGACCUGAGGGUGGUUUCACAGCGGUCCGCUAUCACCACAAGUUUUAUUUGACAGGUUAGAAAUCAGAGUAGAGCCAAAGUGAAUCAGCUGUGCUCACUUUGCACUGGAAGAUCAUGAAACUGUGGCUCACACAGCCCAUAUGCUGAGAUUAUCAUCAGUCACAGUGUGUUGAUACAGAGUAGAAUGAUUUGUGGCUUUUUGGAAAUAUUAACAAAAAUAAUAAAUUAAAAAUGCACUUU